AUGUUUGUGAUGGGAGUGAAUGAGGACAAGUAUGAUCCAAAAUCUAUGACAGUUGUUAGGUAUGUUGAUGGAUUGUGCUUUAUAGAAGUUUUUUUUAGUCGUGAUGGUCUUGAAGUGAGUAGUAUCACUUUUGGUGGGUGGAAGUAGUAAUCGCAGUUAUUAUUCACUGAAAAUAAAUCUCAGUUUAUAAUUAGCUCAAACUGCCCGGCUAAUUUUUCAUAACCAGCCAACUUUGACCAAAUUUGCUUGAUUUGUUUUUACGCCACAUUGCAUCGUUUUAAUUCAUUGAUGUUUCAAACUUCAUAGAUCAAAAUAAUUCCCAUUAAUCCAUCACCAUCCAUCCCAAUCAAAGAUUCUUUUGACUUUUCAAUUCUUUGACUGAAGAGCAUGAUAUUGAAAUUAAAAAUAAACUCAAUUAUGAAAAAACUAUGGUCAAAAUUUAUUAUAACAUAGCUAGUAGAAUAUUCGCCUAAUCAAAUUCAAUAGCACGAGCAUGCUAUAUAUUCCCAUUGAGCAUGCUGAUGACGUCAACAAACUAUACCAUUGAGUUCUUGUGAGCUUAGCAAUCCUCCCAAGACGUCUCCUAAGUGCAUUGGUAACUCAACAGUACACUAUGAAGCGUUAACCAUGUGUUUUAUAAAGAGAACACUUUUGAAUUUGUCAAUCAAUAGUAGCGAAAAGAGGCGAGUGUUGUUGUUGUUGUUGUUGUUGUUGUCGCCUCCACGAACUGUGAGGGCUGUGGUGUGUGCAAAUCAAUUUUUUGCACUUGGGAAGUUUGAAGAGCACUCAAGAGGCUCGAGCAACUCUUGCGCUUCUUUCUUGCUCUCCAAACUUCCCCACGCGCUCAAUAUCUCGACAUACGCACGCUGACACAUGAACUAAUAAUAUUACUGUUAAUUGUUCCAAGGAACACUUGACCAGUUUUAACUUUACCUCGUGCGAUCUGUGACAUUUUUUUUACCCCUAGCAAUGCAUCAUGCACAACCAACUGCCUUGCUCCUUUAGCCAAAGUCAUGAAUGACAAUUUUGGAAUGGAAGAGGGUUUAAUGACCACGAUCCAUGCUUAUACUGCCACACAGAAGACUGUUGAUGGACCAAGUGGAAAGGUAUGUGCCAAGCAAAGCUUCCAAAAAAAUCUGUAAAAUGAGAGCUACAUGUGUUAACCACAUCAAAAGAGAACUUUAAAACACCCCAUUUUUCUGUAGAUAAGUGUAAAAGGUUGGAACACUUAUUCACAAGAUGCAGUAACAUGUUGUGGCAAUAUGUGAUGUUGUGGGGACAAAUCACUUUUUGCUUAUUUCAAAAUUUUUCUGAAAAUCUUGUCUCCGCAACAGAAUUUUGCCGAUGCAAGAAGUCGCACAUAAUCAAACCAGUGGACACAAAGAGAUUUGUUGCUGCAAAGUGUCAUGCUACCUGAUGCCUGAAUUGAACACAAGGAGUGUUUUUUUGGGAUGACACGUCACCUAGUGUGUUCAAACUUUGAUAAGUUUUCCCCAACCAUUUUGCUAACAAUCCAGUUUAGAUGAUUUGGCAAAUAAAUUCUGGGAUAUGAACCAAGGGUGGUGUUGAAAAAUACAUCAUGUUUGAACUUUGGGUAUUUCCCCUUUUUCUCCAUCCCAGAAAUGGCGUGAUGGCCGCGGAGCUCAUCAGAAUGUAAUUCCAGCAUCUACAGGUGCUGCUAAGGCUGUUGGGAAGGUUAUCCGUGAAAUGAAUGGAAAGCUGACUGGUAUGGCGUUCCGUGUUCCUGUUCCAGAUGUCUCUGUGGUGGAUCUUACCUGCAGACUCAAGAAGGGGGUAAGGCGCCGCCUCAUUGUAUGUUGAACAGCACUGUUGGUUUUAUUGUGUUGAUGACCUACAUGUAGUGUGACACCAGUCAGAGCCUUUUUUUUAAAUAUUUCAUCAGCCCUCAGUGGCCAAUUCAAAAAAUGAAUUACAGUCGAACCUCCAUAUAAUAUGUGACCACCUAUUAAAAAUGUGAGGGUUUUCUCGGUUAAAGCCUUAGAGUUGGACCCUGUCUUAAACGACCACUUCUUGUAAGCAACUGCUACCACUUUUUGGGGAUGACAGUUAAAUAACUUUCCUUAAUUUGUUUUUAACCUUUUUUAAGGGAUCACUUGAUGUUUGAUUUAUGUGUUAUGCUACUUAAAGUAUAAAAAGAUCUUCUAGCAACAAAUAUGACUACACACAUCGCAACUUAGAAAUUGCAUGCUGUGAAUUAUAUUCCAUAAUGUAGAUGUGAUCGGACCUCUUCUCAGAAAAGAACCCCUGUGGUUUGAUUCUUGUAAGUUAUCGACUGUAAGCGACCACCAAAUCUGCUCAUUUUGGGUGGCCAUUUAAGGGAAGUUUGACUGUAAUUUUAAAUAUAGACUGGAAACAUAACAAAUUUUUGUUCUGAAAUAUUUUGGCUGAAUCACCCAGCCUUCAACAGUUGAUUGUACAUGGUUUUGUAGCUGUCACAAGACCUUAGAGCAGCCAUUUGAUGAGAGUGUGGUAUUGUAGAUGUUUGUUUGCUCCAUUUAACUGUUACACCCACAACCAAAAUGUUUGAGGUUACAUUAUAAAAUGGUGGUAGCCUAUAUCCUGCGUUGGAAUUAAACAUCCUAUCUGUCUCACAGUAAACUGAGCAGACACAAAAGGGACCGUGGCAAAUCCAAGAUGGCCUUUAGUAGCAAAUGUCUAUAAUAAAUAAAAUAAUUUGCACACAAUUAUCUAGUUGGUGAAAAAUAUUAUUCAUAAAUUGUCUAUGGAAUCUGUGAUAAAAAAUAAUGCAAUCAAAUCUCACACAAUGGCCACAAGAAAUUGGUCAGUGUAGAGAGGUGGCCAUCGUAGAGAGGUUUAAACAAGAGUCAAUGUAUGGACAGUCUGCCAAAAAAAGUGGCUGUUGUAAAGAGCCGUGGUCAUUAUAAACAGGUUGGGGCCAUAAGUGGAGGUUUCAUUGUCUUUGAUGCAAAGCCUACAUUAACCCCAAUAUCCACAUGCAAAUUCUCCAAACUGAUCUCUAUACAUUUCCUUUAAGAAUUAGUUGAGAGAAUGUGAUAAAAGAUCAUGGCAUUUUGUCUUUAAUGAUCAUUUUAUUCAUUCUCAUAACUUGAUCUCUUGACAAUGUAUGGAUAUUGCUAGGAGAAAAUUGAUGUUGGUCAUUAUUGUGACUUAAAGGGUUAAUUCAGGCUUACAUUGUUAAAAGCAAAGUUAAAACUGAACAUUCAAGCCAUGCAGUGUUUUGCUUAGUGUUCUUCUGUAGCAACUUUGCACCAAUUCCCCGUCGUACUAAUUUACAAAUAAGUUACAUCCCAUUUUCUUUUUCAUUCAUUCUUUCUUUAUUUCUUUUCUGUUGUAGGCAUCAUAUGAUGAAAUUAAGGCAGUGAUGAAGAAAGCAUCAGAAGAUCCAGCACUUAAAAAAUACCUUGGAUACACUGAUGAACAAGUUGUAUCCACUGACUUCAUUAGCAGCACUUAUUCUUCAGUCUUUGAUGCUGCAGCUGGAAUUUCUCUGAAUCCAAAUUUUGUGAAGCUUGUAGCCUGGUAAGCAAAAGCAUGCACCUUAAAAGUCCUUGAAUGUCCUUGAAUUUUCAAAUAAAAAUCCAAGCAAGGCCUUGAAAGAGCUUGAAAAUUGCAGUUGGUGCUUUCAAUUUUGGUAAUAACUUUAUCCGACCCAGAUUCUCACGUGUUUAAAAGGAACAAACACAGAAAGACCUCCAGGAUAAAAUUGCUCUUGUUGUGAAAGAAUUAAAAAGACUUUAAAAAAGACAUAGUUUCAAGGCUUUGUUUGCACUAAAUGGGGUCCUUGAAAAAUAAAAUGUAAAAUAUGUCCUUGAAAAGUCCUUGAAUUUUUUGCUCAAAACAGUACAUGACUUGAGUUGGGAGCAGUUGUUGUUGGGGUGGAUUGGGUGCUCCUUGCUGGAGUCUUGAGUCAGAGUUGUAUGUAUACAGCUCUCUCGGGAGCUAACAAAUACAGCUGAACUUAAUCUGCUAUGGCAUCGCCAGCAGCAAACACUGUACAACCUCCUUGGUUUUUGAGUGGCGCACCUACUUUGAAGUUGAAUGUUGAGUUCUGCAAUCUUCAACUUUUGAUCCCUAAGAUGAAUGAUUAAUAAUAAGUGCCUUUUACGGCUUAUAAGGGAAGCAUAAAGCAGUUGUUUUUAGGUCAUCUUUGAUUUAACAACCUUUGAACAAUCCUUCAAUUACUUGAUCUAGUUAGAGGGUAUGAAGAUACUGCAAAAUCCUGAAUGCAUUUUAAAUUAAUUAAUGUGUUAUGAAGUGUUUGUAUUCAUACUGUCUGACCCUCUACUAGUAAUAACUUGGUUAAAUUAUUCAUAGGCAAGGUCAGCAAAAUCGUUCUCAAAAUUUUCUGUCUUUUUUCCCAGGUAUGAUAAUGAAUAUGGCUACGGCCACCGCGUUGUGGAUCUUAUCAAGUACCUUGCUGGCAAGGAGUGA